AUGAAGCUCUUUUCUUCCAGAAACCUUUUUUCUGUUAUAGUUUCUCAAAAACCCAUUUCUGAAAAUCAAAAGCAUUUCUUUUUGUGGUUAAAGCUUCAUCUGAAGCAUCGAAAGAUGAAGAGUAUGAGGAAUGUGAAGUACGAGGAAGCAUUAGAGAAAUUUGAGUCAGUUUUGGGAACAAAAUUAGAGCCUAAUGAAGCAGCAGUGGCAGGUUUUGAACUCCCACGCUGCAAACAAUGUUCCCACAUCCACAAUUGCCAUGGUGCAACAACAACAACAUCAAGUUGCACAGAUGUAUCCACAAGUUCAUCUUUCACAUUAUGCUAAUCGUAUUCCCCUAUCGUCAGUUUCUAUCUCCAGUCUAUGUACCGCACAUGGCUGUGCCGGGAUACUCAAACAGUGCUCCCUAUCCUCAUCCUACGAAUGGAAACUAUGUAUUGAUGCCUAGAGGCGGUUCCCAUCUUAAUGCCAAUAACCUUAAAUACGGAGUUCAACAGUUCAAACCUGUUCCUGCUGGAAAUCCUACAGGAUUUGGAAACUUUGCUAACCCAGCAGGGUAUGCCAUGUUAGCUCCUGGCGUGGUUGGUGGUGCGUCGGAUCUAGAAGAUUCAUCUC